AUGAGUGCCGCCGAUACCAGCCAAACACUGUACCUUACCAAUCUCACCAACCGUAUUACGGCAUUAGAGUUGAAAUCGUCGUUAUACUGCUUGUUUUCAACAUAUGGCGAGAUCCUGGAUGUGACGGCAAAAAAGACGGAAAAGAUGCGAGAGCAAGCGUUUGUGGUGUAUGCGGAUCCCGCCGCGGCCACCACGGCCAUGCGCAGUUUGAACGGAUUCACGUUUUAUGACAGACCCAUGAAAAUUCAAUAUGCCAAGACGAAAUCGGACGCAGUGGCUUUAUUGGACGGGACGUUUCGAUUGAGAUCGGUGGAAGAAAAGAAAAAGGCCAACGCCAACAUGACGGUGCUCGGUAAACGCAACGCCACGGACGAAAGCGGUCAGGUGGCGAAAAAGAGAGAUGAUAGUGAAGACAGUGACGAAGACGAAGAUUAG